GGUAACUCGGCGACAGUUAAUUGAGCUCGUUGUGAGGAGUGCGCGGUGUAGUUUUUGUGGAACAUUUAAGGACAAUUAAGGAAAGAUGACCGGACGUGCGAGAGCCAGAGCCCGGGGCCGAGCUCGCGGUCAGGAGAUUUCAGCCCCAGGCCCGCAACAACCUCCGCCUCAGGAGGCAGCCCAGCCUGUGUUUCCACCACCUUCUGAGGCACAAGUCGUUGGAAGGGGAAGACAGAAAACGGCCCCAUCAUGGACACCUGAAGAUGUGCUUCAGAUUUCCCUUGGUUUUCAGCAAGUCAAGCUCGGAGAGAGAGGAGGACGCAGGCGGGAUUUCCAUGACUCUGGAGUCAACACUCGGCAGAAGAUGGAACAUGUCAAGGAUUCCAAGGAGGGGGUGUCUGGCUCAAAGAUUGAGCUCAGGGCGAACUAUACGCGCCUGCUGUCUCGGCCCCAGUGGGUUCUGUAUCAAUACCAUGUUGACUUUAAACCACCCAUGGAGUCCCGGCGCAUGCGCUCUGCUCUGCUCUAUAAUCACGAGGAACUACUCGGCAAAGCGAGGACCUUUGAUGGAACCAUCCUCUUCUUGCCUCACCGACUUCAGAACACUGAGACGGUGCUGUGGACUCAGAGUAAGUUUGAAGAGAAAGUCCAGAUCACUAUCACAUUGACCAAUGAGCUGCCUCCAUCCUCUCCUGUGUGCCUGCAGUUCUACAACAUUAUCUUCAGAAGGGUUUUGAAGAUUCUAAACCUGCAACAGAUCGGACGUCAUUACUACAACCCAGAGGACCCAAUGAACAUUCCUAAGCACAGGCUGACAAUCUGGCCUGGCUUUGUGACCAACAUCCUGCAGUACGAGUCCAGCAUCAUGCUGUGUCUUGAUGUGAGCCAUAAGGUGUUGCGCAGCGAGACUGUUCUCGACUUCAUGGGCAGUCUAAGACAGCAGUGUGGAGACCAGCGCUUUGUUGAAAUCUGCACCAAGGAGCUGGUUGGACUUGUUGUUCUCACCAAGUAUAAUAACAAGACGUACAGAGUUGAUGACAUUGCUUGGGAUCAUACACCCAACAACACCUUUAAGAGAGGAGACACUGAUAUAAGUUUCAAUGACUACUUCAAGAAGCAAUACGGUCUGGAGAUCACUGAUAGGAACCAGGUUUUGCUGGUCAGUCACCUUAAGAGGCUGGGACCUUCAGGAGCUCCUCCACCAGGACCUGCCUUGCUCAUCCCAGAGUUCUGCUACCUCACAGGUCUGACUGAUAAGAUGCGCAGCGACUUUAACAUCAUGAGGGAUCUGUCCUCUUACACCAAACUGAGCCCAGAUCAGAGGGAGAACCGUCUGAACAGAUUCAUCAACAACAUGAGCACGAAUGCCAGUGCUCAAGCUGCUCUCAGUCCAUGGGGUCUAAGGUUUGAGAACAAGCUGCUGAAUUUGACUGGAAGAGUUCUUCCUUCUGAGAGGAUCCUGCAGGGAGCAAGAGCAUACGAGUACAGCCCAUGGGCUGCGGAUUGGUCUAAAGAGAUGCGAGGUCUUCCUCUGAUGAGCAGCCUGCCUCUCGACAACUGGCUGAUGUUCUUUACACGUCGUAAUGCUGACGUCACUUACGCCCUGCUGGACACCCUCAAGAAAGUUUCGAAGCCCUUGGGCAUCCGAAUACAGAGGCCGGGAAUGAUUGAGUAUGAGGAUCGGCAGGAGGCGCUGCUGAGAGCCCUGCAACAGAAUGUGGGGCAACAAGUUCAGAUGGUCGUUGUGAUCCUCCCCACCAAUCGAAAGGAUAAAUAUGAUUGUGUGAAGAAGUUUCUGUGUGUGGACUGUCCCACUCCAAGCCAGUGUGUGGUUGCGCGCACCAUCAGCAAACCUCAAGCCCUCAUGACCAUUGCCACAAAGAUCGCUCUGCAGAUCAACUGCAAAAUGGGAGGAGAGCUAUGGAGUGUCGAGAUUCCGUUAAAGCACCUCAUGAUUGUGGGUAUCGACUGUUACCACGACACUGCUGCAGGGAAGAGAUCCAUCGGUGCUCUGGUUGCCAGUCUUAACCAUGGCAUGUCCAGGUGGUUUUCAAAGUGUGUCCUGCAAAGUCGUGGUCAAGAGAUAAUCGAAGGACUCAAAGUGGCUCUGCAGACUGCACUGAAGGCGUACUUUAAAUACAACAAUUGUUUGCCGUCUCGCAUCAUCGUGUACCGAGACGGCGUGGGUGAUGGCAUGCUGGAGACUGUAGUCAGCUACGAAGUGCCUCAGAUCAUGCAGUCCAUCAAGGCCAUGGGCGAAGAUUAUGCGCCCAAACUGUCCGUGGUGGUGGUAAAGAAACGCAUUUCAUCUAGAUUCUUCGCUUUACUAGAUGCCAGACUGGGAAACCCUCCCCCUGGGACAGUCGUCGACACUGAAGUCACACGACCUGAGUGGUAUGACUUCUUCAUUGUGAGUCAGGCAGUACGUUUCGGCACCGUGGCCCCCACUCACUACAACGUGGUGUACGACAGCAGUGGCCUCAGACCAGACCACAUGCAAAGACUCACCUAUAAACUUUGCCACAUGUAUUACAACUGGCAGGGAGUUGUUCGAGUUCCUGCACCAUGCCAGUAUGCCCACAAACUGGCCUUCCUUGUUGGGCAAAGCAUACACAGGGAGCCCAACAUCAAUCUGGAUGACUUCCUGUUUUAUUUAUAAAAGUACCACAGCUUUUUUUUUUUUUUUGAAUGUUCAUCCCAUCAAUAUGAUGAUUUUCUUUCUUUUUUUCUUUUUUUUUUCUUUAGAAAUGUGUUAAGUUGAGAGAAAAAAAACUUUUUUUUUUCCCAAGAAAAAUCUAACUUUUGUUGUUAAAUUUAGGUUAACUGUUGUAAUUUGUCACACUGUUAAUUACUUUUAGCUUGGGUUGUAAGUUUCAGUAACUUGUUUAAGUAGCAAUUUUGUAUGAGUAAAGUUCUUUAAAAAAAAAAUUGUUCUUUAAUGUGCUGUAAUCUUUGUUUUUGAU